GCUGAAUUCUGAAAGGAACUUGGAAGCUUUAAACUCGGUUUACAACUCAUCUCUCCCCCACGCUGUUUGUUUCUUUGUAAAUUUAGUGUUGGGUUGGCGACUUGGCGGCAAAGAAUAAAACACAUAGAGUAAUUUUUGGGAUCUUUGGUUCUUGAUCACAUGAUCAACGUCGACCAUUGAAAUCAAAUGGGUUGUGUCAGUUCGAAGCAGGCGGUGUCGGUGACGCCUGCAAUAGAUCACUCGGGCGCUUUACGAGACAAUGCCGGUGCCGCCGGUAGCUUUGGGAGUAACUCAGGUCGGUCUCGGACCGGGUUCUCGGAGCUGGAGAAGAAGGCAAGCAGCUUCGGCGCCGGUAGUAAGAGGAAAAAGAAUAGUAACGGCGGUGUUGUGACUGAUUUGGGGGCGAGUGGGGGUGAGUCGGGUCAGGCGAAUGGGAGAUCCGACUCGCUGAGUUUGCGGUUGGGGAAUUUGCAGAAGUAUAUAGAAAGUGAACACGUGGCAGCCGGCUGGCCUGCAUGGCUUAGUGCCGUCGCCGGAGAAGCCAUUCACGGUUGGGUUCCCCUCAAGGCCGACUCUUUUGAGAAGCUUGAGAAGAUAGGGCAAGGUACCUAUAGCACCGUGUUUCGAGCUCGAGACCUUGAGAGUGGAAAGAUAGUUGCCCUAAAGAAGGUUUGUUUCGACAAUUUUGAGCCCGAGAGUGUUCGGUUCAUGGCAAGAGAGAUAUUGAUUCUUCGUAGGCUCGACCAUCCGAACAUCAUAAAAUUGGAAGGGAUAAUUACUUCCCGGAUGUCAUGUAGCAUAUUCCUUGUAUUCGAGUACAUGGAACAUGAUGUUACCGGGCUUUUGUCUUGUCCCGACAUCAAGUUCAGCGUACCGCAGAUCAAAUGCUAUUUGAAGCAGUUGUUAUCCGGACUUGAUCACUGCCAUUCACACGGUAUAAUGCAUCGUGACGUUAAAGGAUCAAACCUCCUUGUAAAUAAUGAAGGCAUCCUAAAGAUAGCUGAUUUUGGUUUGGCUAACUUCUAUGUUUCGGGCAAACGACAGCCCUUAACAAGUCGUGUUGUAACCUUAUGGUACCGGCCCCCCGAACUUUUGUUGGGUUCUACAAAUUACACGGCAGCUGUCGAUCUUUGGAGUGUUGGCUGCGUAUUUGCUGAACUUCUUCUCGGGAAACCUAUCCUGCAAGGGAGAACAGAGGUCGAACAGCUCCAUAAAAUUUUCAAGCUCUGUGGUUCCCCACCGGAAGUUUACUGGAAAAAAUCCAGACUUCCUCAUGCAACUCUAUUCAAACCGCAACAACCUUACCAUAGUUGUCUUCGGGAGACUUUUAAAGGUUUACCAGUUACCGCUGUUAACCUAGUAGAAAUUUUGCUUUCAGUGGAGCCAUACAAGCGCGGGACUGCUUCCUCUGCUCUUGCAUCGGAGUAUUUUACAACGAAGCCUUAUGCCUGUGAUCCAUCAGGCUUGCCGGUAUAUCCACCUAGCAAAGAGAUAGAUGCAAGAUAUCAUGAAGAAUCAAAAAGGAGAAAGAUAAGUGGAAGAGUUCGUGCGCCUGAAACGAGAAAGCCUAUAAGAAAACCCCAUGAAAUAAUUAAAUCGGCACUGGUUGAGGAUACUGCUGCUGCAACAGAAACUCUAGGUUAUCGGAAAAUUAGUGGUAAUCAUAUCGAAAUCUCAAAGCGAAGAACUACUACUAUCAAUGCUGGAGUGCCAAAUCCAUCUACUGAUGCACCAGAAGAGACUUCUCAUGUAAAGCAUGAAUCCCAAGGUGAUAUUCCGUUUUCUGGUCCGUUACAAGUUUCUUCAUCGAGUGGCUUUGCAUGGGCCAAAAGACGAAAAGAUGAUGUAUCUGUAAGAUCACUAAGUAGAUCUAUCUCAAGAGGCCACAUUUACAAUUCUUUAGACCAUUCUGCCCAAUUACAUACAAAAAACAAUAUUGAUUCGAAACAUGAGAAUGGGAAUGUAAUAUAUGGAGGUCGAACUGAUUCUGGAGGACAUGAUUCGUAUGAAGUUGCCAAGCAUGCUAUGCAGAAACAAUGGAGCCAAUUUGAACGCCGGGAUUCAUUUGAUGCUUCUGACAAAUACCACUCUCAAGAGCUAUCGUUGGCACUUAAUCGAAGAGAGGAAAUGUCGUCCAAGAAAAAUUACUCGGGUUACCAAGAUGAUGGUGAGAAGGUUGAGUUUUCGGGGCCUUUGUUGUCUCAAUCUCAUAGAGUUGAUGAACUCUUGGAACGACAUGAGCGGCAGAUCCGUCAAGCAAUUCGGAAGUCGUGGUUUCAAAGAGGUAAAAAACUUGGGAAGUAAUCUUCAGAUACUCAUGUCUAAUGACAGGAAGAAAAGGUUCUUUCUCCUAUCGCAAAAGCGAUACGUAUCGGUGGAAUUAACUUCGACCCAAAGCUUCUGCAUCGAACUGUCGUGUGGAACUUGUAAACUACAAUAUGAUGGUAUGGGUGCAUGGUUAUGAACCAUGGCUGAUUCUUUUUCCUCCCUUUCUGUUGGUCAAGUUUGAGCCCAGAAUGUGCAGUUUCAUAGUAAUUGGUUCUGAGAACCACCUUCUUUAU